GUUUAUGACGUAGGGGAAACAAGGAAAACGUUUUCGUUCAGGUCCAUGAGCAGCCGUCUUUACUGGAAUUAGAAGAAUCUUCUGGUAACCAACAUCUGCAAGUUAUCUUAACGGCAGACGCCGUUUCCGUUUUUACGCUUGGGAAGUGAGACAAAGAUUUGAGCAUGUCGUACAUGCUACCACAUCUCCAUAAUGGCUGGCAGGUGGACCAAGCCAUCCUCUCAGAGGAGGACCGGGUCCUGGUGAUCCGCUUCGGACACGACUGGGACCCAACGUGUAUGAAAAUGGACGAAGUUCUCUACAGCAUCGCUGAAAAGGUCAAGAAUUUUGCCGUCAUCUAUCUGGUGGAUAUCACAGAAGUACCUGACUUCAACAAGAUGUACGAGUUGUAUGACCCCUGCACGGUCAUGUUCUUUUUCAGGAACAAGCACAUCAUGAUUGAUCUGGGGACUGGAAACAACAACAAGAUAAACUGGACAAUGGAGGACAAGCAGGAGAUGAUUGACAUUAUUGAAACCGUUUACCGCGGUGCAAGAAAAGGAAGAGGUCUCGUGGUGUCCCCAAAGGAUUAUUCUACAAAAUACAGAUACUGAUUUUUUUUUCUUCCUCUCCAGUUUUCAUCUUUUUCUUCAUAUUUGUGACGCAACAGAGACUAAACAUGCAGGAAGCAAGGAAGCUUUUCUAUUCUUUUUACAUGCUUGUUUUCCAGGCAUCCAGUGCAACAUGACAGUGUUCUUUUUAUUCAUCGAUCAUUGUUGUAUUGCAUUGUGCCAUUUAUAAAUGUGUGUGAACAUAUUUAGUUGUUUUAAACUCAGUGUUGAAAUGGUGUAAUAAAGAUGGUUGCAUAUUUAAUAUAGAGUAAUGCUGUAGGUCCUUAAA